CAGCUGAAGGAGACGCAGAUGAAGAUCCGUCAGAGAAUCCAGCAGAGACAGAAAGAUCUUCAGCAUCUGAGAGAGGCUGUGAAGUCUCAUAAGCGCUCUGCACAGACAGCAGUGGAGGACAGUGAGAGGAUCUUCACUGAGAUCAUCCGCUCCAUUGAGAGAAGCCGCUCUGAGGUCACACAGCGGAUCAGAGAUCAGGAAAAGACUGCAGUGAGUCGAGCUGAAGGACGACUGGAGCGACUGGAGCAGGAGAUCAAUGAUCUGAGGAGGAGAGACGCUGAGCUGGAGCAGCUUUCACACACACAAGAUCACAUCCAGUUCCUGCAGGUAACAGAGAUCUAGGAGAACAGGAUCAUAGUGGACUUGAGCAAGAUCCUGCUAUGACAGAGAAACAUUUCAUGAGAGCAGAAUGAGCCGUUGACUGAGAUGUUGUCAGGA